AUGCCAGAUCUGCAACGCUUCAGGUUUUCAUACCAUAGCAUGAAUCCUUUGUUGGGGGCCAAUCUCCAACAACAGCAUCCGCAUCAUCAGCUCCACAGCCCCGACUCUCCAUCAGGACUGCUCCCCGACGCCCUGCUCCCUGGGGCGGACCUUCUGGGUGAGCAAUCCGGCUCCGGGCCCACCUCCCAGCCCUCUCAGACUUCUCCCUUCCUCCAUCACCUCUCCUCCGGACACUACCAGCCCCGCGCCGCGCCUCCUCCUCACCCUCCUCCUCCACCUCCCGCCGCCAUGGCUCUGCGCAACGACCUGGGCUCCAACAUCAGCGUCCUCAAAACGCUCAACCUCAGAUUUAGAUGCUUUUUGGCCAAAGUGCACGAGCUGGAGCGCAGGAAUAAGAUUUUAGAAAAGCAGCUUCAACAGGCUUUGGAUGCGAACAAAACGUGCCAAAGCUGUGACCAAACCAGGGGCCCCACGCAGGAGGUCAGUGUCCAGACCGGGUUUGUGGGCGCCAUCCCUCUCAGACCCGGGUCUUUACCUUUCCACAACACCAACAACUCCGCACGGCGUCCCACCUCUCUGUUCAGCCCUCCAGGAGAGCCCCACACCGGGAACCCGUCCAUCACCAUCAGCCACGCGUCUCCCUGCGUGGACUCGCCGGGUUCCACGGCCCCCAGCUGCGCCACCAUGACCUCCACCACCACAGGGACGUCCACCAACCCGCCUCCACGCUUCCUCCCCGGCACCAUCUGGUCCUACAACCACGCGCGGAGGCUGGGGCCCGGGGCGGAGAGGCUGACCAGUCCCGGGGUGUCCUGGGUGCACCCGGAUGGAGUGGGGGUGCAGAUAGACACCAUCACACCGGAGAUCAGGGCGCUGUACAACGUGCUGGCCAAAGUCAAGAGGGAGAGAGACGAGUAUAAGCGCAGGUGGGAGGAGGAGAGCACCGUGAGGAUGGACCUGCAGCAGAAGAUCUCAGAGCUUCAGGAGGACUUGCAGGAGAGCGAGGGCUGUCAGGAUGAGCUGGCUCUUCGAGUGCAGCAGCUGAAGGCAGAGCUGGUCCUGUUCAAAGGCCUCAUGAGUAACAACCUGUCAGAUCUGGACAGUAAGAUCCAGGAGAAGGCGAUGAAGGUGGACAUGGACAUCUGCCGCCGCAUCGAGAUCACCACCCGCCUGUGUGACGUGGCCCAGCAGAGGAACUGUGAGGACGUCAUCCAGAUGUACCAGGUCCCAAACAACCAGCUAAACAUUCGGCGUAAACCCACUCCUCUGUCGUACAACGGGAGCGAGUGCGACGAACCGGUCAGCACCUCGGAGAGCGACGGGGGCGUGGCUAAAGAGGAGGAGCCACACUGCGGGUCGUCGGCCAAUCAGAUCAACGAGGAGAUGCAGAGGAUGCUCAACCAGCUGCGUGAGUGUGAGUUUGAGGACGACUGCGACAGUUUGGCCUGGGAGGAAACUGAGGAAACUCUGCUGCUCUGGGAGGAUUUCCCAGGAUGCACUCUGCCUCCGGAUCCGGCCCAUCAUCCACCAGGAGAGGACGACUGCCUGGAGAAGGUGAUUAAUGACACCGAGUGUCUGUUCAAGUCUCGGGAGAAGGAGUACCAGGAGACCAUCGACCAGAUCGAGCUGGAACUGGCCACAGCGAAGAGCGACAUGAACCGACACCUGCACGAGUACAUGGAGAUGUGCUCCAUGAAGAGAGGCCUGGACGUGCAGAUGGAGACCUGCAGGAGACUCAUCACUCAGAGCGGAGACAGUAACACCCAGGGCCCCGCCUCCUCCGACGACAGCGAUCAGAACAACAGCGAGCGCUCCUCCGCCUCUCCCUCCUCCACCUCGGGAAAGUCCUGACACCUCCUCAUCGCCGAACCAGGACUGUCCAACAAUCGCCUUCCCCACCGUAGAAAAACACCGACCGCAAGAGACCCCGGAAAAUAAGAUUAUACUCGCACGACUGGGACUAAAACUGGACUAGACCGGGACUAAACCAGGACUAGAACAGGACCGAACCACGUCUACAUCAGGACUAAACCGGGAUUGGUGUGAACUCAGUCUUAAAGCUGCACAGUGUAACUUUCCUGGAGACGUUACCGCUUUUCCUGACACGACUUUUUAAACUGUUCUACCU